CUCUCACCCUUACCUCUAACCCCGCCGCAGGAUGACGCCUCAUCCCUCGUGUGCGCCAGCUGUCCAAGUGACCCACGAGACGGAGCAGCCCUUCCUGGGUGCCUCGGACGACGAAGUGACCUGCGUCGCAUCCGCUCCGCCCAGCCCCACUCGCUUGCAGGGCAACUGCGCCGAGACGGAAGGGAGCGGUUGCCGAGGGUCCUCAAGGAAGCUCCGUGCGCGACGCGGAGGGCGCAGCCGCCCCAAGAGUGAAUUGGCUCUGAGCAAGCAGCGACGGAGCCGGCGCAAGAAGGCCAACGACCGCGAGCGCAAUCGGAUGCACAACCUCAACUCCGCUCUGGACGCGCUGCGCGGCGUCUUGCCCACCUUCCCGGACGAUGCGAAGCUCACCAAGAUCGAGACGCUGCGCUUCGCUCACAAUUACAUCUGGGCGCUGACGCAGACGCUGCGCAUAGCGGACCACAGCCUCUACGGGCUGGAGUCUCUUGCGCCUCACUGUGAGGAGCUGGCCAGCCCGGACGGCGGCUCCCCGGGAGACUGGGGUUCCCUCUAUUCCCCGGUCUCCCAGGCGGGCAGCCUGAGUCCCGCCGCCUCGCUGGAGGAGCGCCCCGGGCUGCAGGCGCCUGCUUCCCCUGCCUGCCUGCUGCACCCUGGCGCCCUGGCUUUUUCAGACUUUCUGUGAAGGGGCCUGUCCGCUGCUGGGCAGUGGGUGAUGGUAGAAAGGGAAGGGGCGGAAGCCGUCGGAGACGCCCGGUGGAGGCCCUCAGGCGUACUUGCUC